AUGAAGCUGGAGCCCGGCAUGUCGGCCCUCGUCACCGGCGGCGGCUCCGGCAUUGGGAAAGCGCUUUGCAUUGCUCUUGCGCACAAGGGUCUAUUUGUGACUGUCGUCGAUUUCUCUGAAGAACACGGAGGACAAGUUGCGUCAUUGGUUCAAAAGGGAAGCAGCCAGAUUCAUGGAGAUUCUAAAGUUCCAUAUGCUAUGUUCAUCAAGUGUGAUGUUACUGAUGCAGAUGCUCUUGCUGCUGCUUUUGGGAAACAUGUAAACUUGUAUGGUGGAUUAGAUGUCUGCAUCAACUGUGCUGGAUUUGUCAACAAAUCCUUAGUUUAUGAUGAUACAUCCAAUGGAACCAAGACAUGGAGGCGUGCUGUAAAUGUGAACCUUGUUGCUGUUAUUGAUGGUACUCGCAUUGCAACUCAAAUGAUGCGUGCACAGAAGAAGCCUGGUGCCAUAAUAAAUAUUGGUUCAGUUGCUGGCUUAUACCCUAUGCACUAUGAACCCAUAUAUAGUGGGACAAAAGGUGGUGUGAUUAUGUUUACAAGAUCACUUGCUCCAUUAAAACGGCACGGCAUUCGUGUCAAUGUGAUCUGCCCUGAGUUUGUCCAAACAAAUAUGGGAGAACAAGUAAACCGCGUAUUAGUAGAUGCGCUUGGUGGGUUUUUGAAGAUGGAGGAUGUUAUUAAUGGUGCAUUUGAGCUUAUAGAAGAUGAGAGCAAGGCUGGUGCCUGCCUUUGGAUAUCUAAAAGGAGAGGCAUGGUGUACUGGCCAACAUCAGAGGAAGAAAAGAAGUAUUUGGUGUAUGCCACAAAGUCAAAAAUGACAGUAACAAAGAAUAGAUUCCCCAGCAUCCAGACACCUGAAUUCUUCGAGAAGAUAACGGUUCACACGCUCAGCCAUAAUUUCCGCAAUGCUACAAGAAUUGAUCGUGUGCGGCUGAGAUUGCCCAUGGAACCACAUAGUGCUCUUGUUAAAAUAAUAUACGCUGGUGUAAAUGCUAGUGACGUGAACUUCACUUCUGGCCGUUAUUUCAGUGGUAAUGCUAAAGAAGCUUCUGCACACCUUCCAUUUGAUGCUGGUUUCGAGGCUGUGGGAAUUGUUGCUUCUGUUGGAGAUUCGGUGAGACAUAUCAAAGUUGGCACUGCUGUGGCCCUUAUGACCUUUGGGGGCUAUGCCGAAUUUACAGUGGUUCCAGCCAAACAUCUUCUUCUGGUGCCAAGAUCAGACCCCGAAGUAGUUGCUAUGCUAACAUCAGGAUUGACUGCUUCAAUUUCUCUUGAAAAGUCAGGUCAAAUGACAUCCGGACAAGUUAUUUUAGUUACAGCUGCUGCUGGUGGGACAGGACAGUUUGCUGUUCAGCUCGCUAAACUAGCUGGCAACAAGGUUAUUGCCACAUGUGGUGGCGGGAAUAAAGCUGCACUUCUGGCUUCAUUAGGGGUUGAUCGAGUCAUCAACUACCAACAUGAAAAGAUAAAAGAUGUUCUGAACAAGGAGUUUCCAAGAGGUGCAGAUAUAGUUUAUGAAUCUGUAGGCGCUGAAAUGUUUGACUUGUGUUUGAAUGCACUUGCUGUCCGUGGACGCCUCAUUGUAAUUGGUAUGAUCUCUCAGUAUCAAGGAAAGGAUGGAUGGAUGCCACGGAAUUACUAUGGAUUGUGUGAGAAGAUUCUUGGAAAGAGCCAAACUGUGGCUGGAUUUUUCCUGAUUCAAUAUGCCGAUCUGUGGCAAAAACACCUUGACAAGCUUUUCGAUCUGCAUGCGUCUGGGAAGUUAAAGGUUUCCCUUGACCCCAAGAAGUUCGUAGGUGUUGCUUCUGUGGCAGACGCAGUAGAACAUCUCCAUUCUGGCAGGAGCGUUGGCAAGGUGGUUGUCUGCAUGGAUCCAGCAUACAGUCAGACCCUGGCUAAGCUAUAG